CGUGCAAACAUUGCUGAGCAAAUGACGCGUGGUGACUGACAUCGAUUCACUCUCGAACCACUUGACUGCAUCACACUUUAUAUUCCCCGGUACAGCACUAACAGGCGCUAGCUAUAAAAGAUGAUAUCUAGCUGGUUGUGCCCGGUUGAGGAAAAAAGCAGAUUUUUAUCAGUAUUGCUAUCAUAAGUCCCCGGUGCACAGCUGUGCAAUAGUGCAACUGGAGAAAUGGUGAUCGUUUUAGCCGUCUGUUUGUUGGUGAACUUUGUGGCUGGUUUUACGGAAGAAGUAUCUCCGUGUCUGGGCGACAAACCGCACCUUCCUCAUCCCACCGAUUGUAGCCGAUAUCUCACCUGCAUCGGAACGAAAGCGAUCGAGCAGCGUUGUCCACGUGGUUCGGAAUGGGACACGGUGGAAUCCACGUGCAUCGUACCGGAGGUGUCGCAAUGCAUCUGGAAAGAAUCGUUGGCGCUAGUUCCUGGACCAGGCCCGGUGAGCAAAUGUCCUCCCAAGCUGACCCGCUGUCCUGUGCAUGCAAAUCCGACCGAGGAAGUGAUCUUCAUACCGCACAGUGAUUGUCAUAAAUUCUACGCCUGUGUGUUGACCGUACCGGUUGAGCUGAGCUGUCCGAAACGGCUGUACUGGAACCAUGAGUCAUGCCAGUGUGACUAUGAGCAUGCGCCCAGCACCGACUGCGUUGUGGAGAAACCGAAGCCAACGGUAGGGCGGCCUGUGUUUAGCCGUGUGCGUCGUUCGGGCGAGGAAGGAGAGUUGCAGUCGGGUGCAACUAUUCGUGGUGUUUCCUCGGUGUUGGUGCUGGUUGUUACGGUUGUGUUGAAUAUGAAUUAGUUUGUAUUUCGAUGUUAACGAUUGUGAAUAAAAGAAUAAAAACAAAUGAAAUGAAAUACUGCAUA